AUGUUUUUUUUAGGUUUUAAUGCUCCACGAAAUUUCACGAAUCAAAAAUUAUUGCUUAAUGCUUCAGCGGUAAUAAAUAAUGAUUGUCAAAAACGAUUGAAUGAUUAUUAUAACUAUCAUUAUCAGUAUAAUCCACGAAUAGUAUUAAAUAAUGAUCGAUUGAAAAAUUUUUAUAUUAGCAAUAGAAAUGCACCUGUCAUAAAAAUGAAAAUCUAUAGAGUGGCUUCUAUUACUACUAGCGAUGGCGUCGGACGAGCAGCUUGGAGAAGUCUUAGCGAUGUAGCCAGCGGACUAAAUAAAAUAUAUCGACGAAGUAGUUUGGGAAGUAUCUAUAUUGGAAGCGAAAUUACACAAUAUAAGUUUGUUCCACAAGUUCCAGCUCUUGAUGUAUCGUUUAUAAUAAAAAUAUCACGGCACGAUGUUGACAUAAUCGAACUUAUUACGAUUUUAAGGCAUUACGUUCAGCAACGAAGUUUCGAUGGAAAUUCACUUGAUCUUAAGAGUAUUAGCAUGGAAAAACUCUCAUCAAUUUGA